UCUCCUCUCGUUCUUCCUCUCUGCGUUUCUCCUCUCGUUCUUCCUCUCUACGCUUCUCCUCUCGUUCUUCCUCUCUACGUUUCUCCUCCCGUUCUUCCUCUCUACGCUUCGCCACAAAUGCAAGCAGCUCAGCUCCUUCCAGGGCAAACGUUUUGCCUAACUCAACAAACUUCUCCAUAUCAUAUAACACACAGUCUGGGAAUGUCCAAACAGGAUAACAGAGUAAUGCUUGAACACCUGGCCCCUGAUGGGUCUGUUCCAAUUCUAAACGUUUCAUUUCUAACUCAUGUCUUCUCUGGGCUUCUUCGAUUUCCACUUUCUGUCUCUGAAGCUCAGUCUCCAUUUGUAGUUUUCUUAUUUCUCGCUCUUGUCGUCGCGCUUCCUUCUCCUCAUCUUACCUUCUACGUCUCUCCACUUUCUCCUCUUCUGCUAUCCUCAAUCUCUCUUCUUUCUCUUCUUCUUCUCUCCUGCGUUUCUCCUCUCGUUCUUCCUCUCUGCGUUUCUCCUCUCGUUCUUCCUCUCUACGCUUCUCCUCUCGUUCUUCCUCUCUACGUUUCUCCUCCCGUUCUUCCUCUCUACGCUUCGCCACAAAUGCAAGCAGCUCAGCUCCUUCCAGGGCAAACGUUUUGCCUAACUCAACAAACUUCUCCAUAUCAUAUAACACACAGUCUGGGAAUGUCCAAACAGGAUAACAGAGUAUGACACACAGUCAAGAAAUGUCCACACAGGAUAACAGCGAAACCUUCUUUUACACGAAAUCGGUUCACACAGAACACCAAACCCACUCUACCACGCUUGUCCUGUACCUUUCCUGGUUACGGCAGUCCAGCAAACAAAUUUCUGCUCUCCCGGACAGGCCCCCCAUGUUACGAGUAUCGUUGUAGAGCAGGGUUGUUUCUAGACAGAACUCAGGAUCGCUGGUAACAGCAACAA